AUUAAAUGUUUUCAUAUAAUGAAUUCAUUAGGUAUUAUUAUAAUCUUAAUAAUUAAAAUUAGUUAUACAAAAUGCGAUAAAUCAUCAUUGACAAUACGUAUUCCAUUGAUUCCUUUGCAACAUGUUGAAUGUUGGUUACGUAAUCAACAUGAUGUUGAUAGAAUAAAAUUAAUCGAUUAUUGUCAAAAUAAUCAUAAUUUAAUUAUUAUCGAUUAUGCUAAAGAUGAUGAUGGACAAUAUAAAAAUCAAUUUUGUCAAAAGAUUAUUCAAUUUCAUCAGCAAAAGCGUUUACCGUGUUGGGGUUAUGAAAAUGAUUUGGACAACGUGACGGAUUGUCUUUUAUACAAACCUAUUUGUGAUAGUUCCAGUCAAUCAUGGGCAACCGAUUCUCAUGAACAAUGGAGCAUAUUUUUUAACACAGCCGAUUUCGGUUAUAUUCGACAACAACGAAAUGAACUUAAGUAUUUUUGCAGUCCGAAUUCCAAUAAACAAACCUCUUCAAUUGAAUGUACCAAAUAUACACGAUUUUGCCGCGCUAAAAAUAUUUACAUAAAUUUUCGGAAUUUAGUUCAUCUACCUGAACCUAUCCGAUACCGAGAAGAUAUACUUGAUUAUGGUGAUAUUGGAGGCUAUGAUUGUGAUUAUUUUCGAAACGAUCUUCUUAAUGAAAGUGGCCAUAAAAGUCCACUAAUGUCUUGGUUUGCCGAAAUUUCUCAAUUUCGUAAUAUAUCUCAACAAAAGCAGGUAAAAUGUGAUGUAAAAUUUGAUAAACCAACUUACAUCAUGAAAUUAGAUGCAACAAUUAACAUGUAUCAUCAUUUCUGCGAUUUCAUCAACCUUUAUCUUAGUUUUCAUCUGAAUGGCUCAUUCGAUCGUGAUAAUCAAAUCAUAAUCUGGGAUACCUAUCCAUAUCGAUCUAAUUUCGGUAUCGUUUGGCAAGCAUUUACUCGAAAUAAUCUAAUAAAUCUAUCCAUGUUGAAAGACAAAACUGUCUGCUUUACUAACAUUAUUUUUCCAUUAUUACCUCGAAUGAUUUACGGUUUAUAUUAUAAUAUGCCAUUGAUACCAGGCUGUAGCAAUAGUGGAAUAUUUCGUGCCUUCAAUCGCCAUCUAUUAUUUCAUCUCAAUCUUAAAGAUUCUGAAAAUAUUGUGACUGAUUAUCAAGAUAAUGUGAUAAAUAUAACAUUCAUCAAACGUAAUACACGAUAUAGACAGAUACUCAAUCAACAGCAGUUAAUCGAUUCACUGAGAUCAUUUCUCAAAGUCCAAAAUCAGAAGAUCAAAGUAAACAUCCAAUUGGUUGAUUUCAAUCAUCGAAUGCCAUUCAUCGAACAGAUUCGUCUAUCAUCACAAACGGAUAUAUUGAUCGGUAUACAUGGAGCUGGAUUAACUCAUACAUUAUUUCAACCGGAUUACGGAAUCCUAUUCGAAUUAUACAAUUGCGAUGAUCAUGAUUGUUACAAAGAUUUGGCACGUUUACGAGGCAUACAUUAUCUUACAUGGCAAGAUAAGACUAAAUUAAAAGUCAUUAUGGAUGAUAGUCAAAAAGCUGAUCAACAAGCAACAGGAUCAGCACAUGCUAAAUUCGUUAACUAUCAUUUCGAUUCAGAUGAAUUUGUUCGAAUAACUUGGCAAGCUAUCAGUUUGGUUCGCAAAAGAAAAAAACUAUUUAUUCAGGAUAAAAUAAAUGAAUUUAUAAAUCAAGGUGUUAAUGAUAAUAAUUAUAAUAUAUCAAAUGCUAAUAAAAUUGAAUUAUAAUAA